AUGGACUCACAGGAAAAGAAACGAUUUGAACCAAUACAAAGGAAGCGUAUUAAUUCAAAUUCCCCUUAUGCCUCACAAAUAAAAAUCCAGACCAAGUUAGUCACUGUUAAGGAACACAUAAUUAAGUCAAAUAAGCACAAGUUACAUAAUAUCUCAAGUCUGAACCAUAGGGGAUCUAAAAUACUUGACAGCAGCUUGUAUAAUUCUUCAAGCGACACUAUUUCUUUAUCAUUUGCAAGCUCAAAUCCAUUGUUUUCGACAAGCUUAACACCUACAAAACCGUGUUUUGAGUAUUUUGAUGUCAAACAAUUUUCUGUCAUAGAGGCAAAAUUGAAAAAUCAAAUAGUUUUAAUUGGUUGCAACUUAAGUAAGGAAUCACGUGCAUCAAUAAGAAAGAUUUGCUUUGAAGCAAUUGAUGAAAUAAUUCUUUUAUUUCAACCUUUGUCUUCUUUACUAACUUUUUAUGAUUAAUUUUUUAUAUUUUAUUUUUUUUUAUUAUUUUUAUUAUUUUUUGGUAUUUUUUUUGGGUAUUUUUUUGGUAUUUUUUUAUUAUUUUUUUUUAUUAUCUUUUAUUAUUUUUUUAAUUUUAAUAUUUUAUUUAUUCCAUAUAGAGUAAGGCAAAUAAAAGAUGGACUAUCAAAUAGUUUUUUAAAUGAUGAACUAGAUAAAGACACAAUCAAGCAUCAAAAUCAGCAAGAUUUAAAAGGUGAAGAAACAGUAGAGCAGCUAAAAAAAGAUAUAGGCAAUGCCUUUGAGUAGCGCGCUAAGCGCCCAAGACUUCCCGACGAAGUCUGGGCGGUGGUUUGACCAGCUGAUGUUGGUCAAACCAGCAUCCAAUUUGACAAAUCUUCUAUAUGAGAAGAAUUUGUCAUUUUGGAUGUUGGUUUGACCAACAUCAGCUGGUCAAACCACCGCCCAGACUUCGUCGGGAAGUCUUGGGCGCUUAGCGCGCUACUCAAAAGCAUUGCCUAUAAAAACAAAUUGAUAAAAAAACUAAACACUCUAUCCAUUGACAAUAUCAAUUUAAAUAAAGAAAUUGAAACCUUAAAGGAGCAAAUAAAAAACCUAAAUAAAGAGAUUGACGACUAUAAGCAGCAGGAAGCCAAUAACCUAGCUUUUGCGUCUUUAUUAGAAGAAGCAAAGAAAAAAAGCGAAAUAAUUAAAGAAUUGAGACUGCAAAAUAAUGAGUAUGAAGAAAGAGAGAUUAGGACCUUAAAACUAUUAGAAGUGCUAAAAGAAGAAGGAAUACCUGUAGAAGAAAUGCUGCGGCAGUGGGACAAGCUAAAAUCAAAAACUCAGCCAACCCCGAAAAGAAAUGGCAAUAAAGUGCCUUUAUUAAGAGUUCACACUUGUUUAGAAAUACCUGCUCCAGAUGUGAAAGAAAUUAACCCGCAUACAGAAUAA